CACCCUGUAUAUAUUUAUUUGAACGAACAUCCAACGCUGAGGCAGUCACUUUGGAAAAUUCAACAACUCCUGCGGAUCCCGUUCCUACUGAAACAGCUGUUGAACUUCAAGACCUUCAGUCAGCUCCACUAAUACCUAAAUCGGAAUCCGUUCUUGAUCCAACAGACUUGAGUGAUACAUCAGAAAGCGAUGCCGAAAAACAUGGAUUGAAAAUAAAUAUACGGAGUACUAUAGUCUGUACUUCCUUGCAUGAAGGUCGGCAAGUCACCAAAGCAACAUUGCCUAUCCACAUCGACCAACUGUUUACUUUGCUGUUUACAAACUCGAAAUUCUUCUUAGAUUUUCAUACUGCUCGCAAAACCACUGAUUUAAUACAAUCUGCAUGGACGCAAAACAGUCAAACUGAUCAAAAGAUGAGAACACUUUCGUUUACAAUAGCUUUGACUCAGGCUAUUGGUCCAAGGACUUGUCAAGUUACAGAAACACAGGUGAUGUUACCAUGCAGUAGACCGGGUCAUCUUUAUUGUAUUGAUGUAGAAAGUAUUAAUGCUGGUAUACCUUAUGCAGAUUCCUUCAGUGUUUUAACGCAUUAUUGUAUGAAUAAUAUUUCUGAAAACGAAACAAGUCUUACGAUUUUCUCGCAAAUUAAGUAUAAAAAGAGUGUGUGGGGUUUUAUGAAAAGUGUGAUUGAGAAGAAUUGUUGGGCAGGUUUAGAAGAGUAUUUCAAUAGUUUAGUGAAAGCUUUAACAGUAGAGUGCGAAGAAGGUAGUAUAAGCGGAGGUUUGAAGAGAAAAACAAGAAAAAGACGCCGCGCAACAGGAGUAGCCGCUACAUUGCAAACACAUCCUUCCGAACAUAUAUCUGCAAAUCAUCAAAUUUCUCCUUCCAUUUUACCACACGUUCAUGCUGUUACUACUAGAAGCGAUACUAAUAUAAUUAUUAGUUCGAUGCUACUGGUUGCUGUAUUGUGUUUAAUGGUAAUUAACGGUUUGUUGUAUUAUAAAUUAUGGGGAUUGGAAGAAGCCGCUGCAUAUACUAUCAUGGAUUUACAUGUACUCAAAAAUACACCAAAGACUGAAGAGGAUUGGAUUAGUCUUUUGCAACAACAAGAAAGUUUGCACAAUGUAGAAAUGAGAAAAUGGCAAAGAGUUUUGCAUACAGCUGCACAAUUACUUAGACAAACAGAGGAAUCUUUAACGGAACUACAAAUGAGUAUCCAUCCCACUGCAACGGAAAAAAUGUUCUCAGUAUUAAAGCCAAGUUUAAAUAGUAUCAAUGCACAUACAGAACGGCGGAGCAAAUCAGAAAUGUAAAAAUCUAUAUAAUUAAAAGAAAACAAAUUUUACGAUUACACAAUAUCGAAAUGUUUAUAUUAAGUCUUCAUAUAAACAAGACCAUCUGUGUUGUGUAAAAGAUUGCACAUUAUAUUUGUGUGUUUUAUUAUUGUAUUAAUUAUUUUCUAAGUCGUCGAUAAAUGUACAUUACAUGUACAGUUUAAUUAAUUAUAGCGGCUUUUAUAUUAAUAGCGUUACGGCAAAUUUAAACUUGCUUUAUAUAUAGGCGUUGUGAAAAAUGAUAUGUUAUAAAUAUAGUAAAAAUGGUAAUUAUUAUACAGUUUGGCUAAUUCACUUUAAAUAUUGACAGAUGUUUGCUUGAGUUGUCACAUUUAAAAAAUAAAGUGUAACAAACCAUGUUAAUUUUCAGAGACACGGUUUGAAAUACGCUUGAUAUAUUUGGGAUUACACUGUUCAAUACAUUUUUGGGACCUCAAUAAAGAAAGUAUUUUCUAGUAGAUUUUUAGUAGCUGAAAACGAAUUCGGCGGCGAAAAUAGCCUACCACGUCAGGUUUUCGAGAAAAUUGAGAUUACAUGUGCCAAAACUGGCGUUUUUAGCUAAACUUAUCAUUUUUUUGCAAUAAACUAAAUUUUUUUGCAAUU